ACCAUUGAUCAUCAGUCUCAUUGAUCACAUCUUCCAGUUAACUUGAUCAUAUUUUCAUCAAUUAUUCAACAAUUAACGUUAUCAUUAGAGUAACGGGUUAUCUCAUCAAUUAAUUGUUCAAUUACUUUUCUAUUCUUCUCUCUAUAUCUUGCAACGAACAAGAUCAAAAAAGUUUCUUCUUUCGUUAGAACUUUUUUAAGAAGAAAAAACUUUUUCUGUGUUCCCAUAACUUUCGACAAUUUUUUUCAACCUUUCAACGUUUCCUUUGAAAUCUCAAAUAAAAUUGAGUUAUAAUCAAUAGGAUCUCAAAUAAUUUAGUAAUUACAAUUAUCUUAUCAUCAUCAUCAUGAUUUUCAAGUAUUUGUUACUUUUAUCAUCCGUGGCUUUGGUGACCAUUGGUCAAUACCAAGCUGAACCCGCUUAUAUGAAGACUGCAAGCUCAGAAUACUCUGAUCAAGAGGCUGGUUUUGAAGCUGAUGACGAUUCCUAUGGCGGAGGUAAAAGUGGAGGCUCAAGUAAUGGAUUAAGCUAUGGUACCAAAGGAGGUUCAGGAGGCUCAGGAAUGGGAAAGAUGAGCAUGGGCGCUGGUAAAGCAUCUUAUGGCUCUGGAAUGGGCUCCGGAAUGGGCUCAAUGGGCUCAAUGGGUGGAGGUUAUGGCGGUAUGAGCUCAGGUAUGGGCUCUGGUAUGGGAUCCAUGGGCGGUGGAUACGGUGGUAGUAUGAACGGUGGUAUGACUGGUGGAUCCUCGAGUGGAUAUGGAAUGGGAUCUGGAAUGAGCUCUGGAAUGGGUUCAAUGGGUGCUGGUUAUGGACAACAACAACAACAAACUUCCGGUGGAUACGGAGGUGGCAUGAAUGGAGGAAGUGACGGUUAUGGUGCUGGUGAACAACAACAUCCUCCUCGUCCUUACCAAUUCGAUUACAAGAUCGAUGAUGGUUAUGGUAAUGGUCACUAUCAAAAUGAAGAAGGUGAUGUUUAUGGUAAUAAGAAAGGUAAUUAUGGUUACAUGGACGCUUAUGGUGUUUAUCGACACGUUGAAUAUACCGCUGGCGAAGAUGGUUUCAAGGCUGUUGUUAAGACCAACGAACCUGGAACUGAUAAUAAGGAUCCAGCCGAUGUUAUGAUUAUGGCUGAGAAACCACCGGCAAUGACCAAUCCUGGUUCUAAAUCUUCAGGAAGUGGUUACGGUUCAGGAGGAGGAUCAGGCAGUGGAUCAGAUUAUGGCUCAGGUUCAGGGGGAUCUGAUUAUCAAUCACAAGAACAAUCAACCGGUGGAUCAGGUUAUGACCCUUCAGCAGCGAAACCUUAUUUAGGAACUUCUGAAUAUGGUUCAGGUUCAGGAUCUGGCUCUGGAUACGGUGGCAUGAGCGGAAUGGGAGGUAUGAAGAUGAACGGUAUGUCCGGAAUGGGUGGUAUGCCAAUGGGAGGUAUGAGCGGUAUGUCCAUGGGUGGAAUGAGCGGAACUAAAGGAGGUUCAUCAUAUGGUUCAUCUCCAAUGUCCAUGUCAAUGUCCAUGGCUCCUGCUUAUUCAGCUUCAUCUCCAGUCGCCUCAAGUGGAACCAAAGGCGGUUCAGGAUCACGAGGAGGUUCAUCAGGAUAUCGAUCACCAAUGAUGACCAUGAAAUCACCAAUGAGUUCAAUGGGAGGCUCAAUGUCCGGUGGUUAUGGAAUGUCCGGCGGUUCCAUGGGAAUGGGAAUGGGCGGAGGUUAUUCCAGCGGAGGCUCAGGAGGUCGAAUGGUCCCUUCAUCACCCGCUAACGCAUACAAGUCAAUGGGAAUGGGAGGUAUGAGCGGCGGUAUGAACGGUGGAAUGGGAAUGGGCAUGGGUGGUUAUCGAAUGGGCGGUGGUAAAUCAUCACCAAUGGGUCAAUACAAAAUGAACGGUGGUUCAAUGGGCGGCUCAAUGGGCGGUAGUUAUGGUUCAAUGGGCGGCGGUUCAAUGCCCAUGCAAAUGCAAAUGAACGGUAUGGGAAUGGGUAAAGGUAAAUCAAUGGGAGGAUCAAUGGGCGGCUCAAUGUCCGGCGGUUAUGGCUCCAUGGGAAUGGGAAUGGGCGGUGGUAUGCCCAUGCAAAUGAAAACCGGUGGUGCUGGAAGCAUGUAUGGUGGUGGCGCUGGACGCCCAAUGAUGAUGUCCUCAGGCGGUGGAUAUGGAGGUUCCGGAGGUCGAGACAUGACCCAACAGAAACAAAUGAGUGGCGGCUCAUCAGCUGGUGGCUAUGGAAUGUCCGGCGGAUCAGGAAUGUCAAUGGCCGAUCAACAACAAAUGACCGGCUAUGGGUCAUCAGUUGUGACACUUCGAGUCCCAGUCGCUGCUGCAUCAACAUCAUCAGCUUCAUCCACCCUCCCCAAAUCACCUAAAUCAUCAUCAUCUUCAUCCAAAGCUCCAUCAUCAGUCUCACCCUCAGCAAAACCCUCAUCAGCAAUUAAAUCAACAAUUAAACCAACCAAACGUUACUAGGCCAACAAAUACUCACAACCAACACUCAACUGAAUUAAGAAGCCAAUUUUUUUUUAAUUCAAUCUCAAUCCUUGGUGCUAAUCUAAUCAACCUUUAAAUCUUGAUGGUGAUAAAUGAUACAAAUGAACAACAAUUAACAACAAUCAAUCAGUUGAUUAACCCUUGAUUCCCAUCCCUUAGUUUUUUUAUUUACCGUUUCCCUUUCAACUUGAUUAGUUAAUUGUUGACUAUCGUUGACCAUCAUCUCGAUUAAUAUCGUUGAUAUUGAUUAAUUUUUUUCAACUAUUUUGUUAAUCAUUUAAUUAUAUUGUUCCAAACAAUCAGCAAGGCAAAUCAACUACUUAAAAAUAUUCUGAAUCACUCAUUUUCUUAAAUUAUUAAUUAACUAAACUCUCUUGUUCCUUAAUCAAUUUCUUGAUUACAAUCAAGAAACAAAGCAUUGCAAAUGAAAAAAAAAGAACCAAAAAAAAAAUAAUAAUAACAACAAUCAAUAAAACAGUAUUGAUUAUAAUCAACAAUCAAUUCUAAAUCAACUGUAAUCAUAAUGGAAACACAAUUGUGAUCAAUUUAUACAAAUAAAGAAAAAAAAUUUACUCUAUUUUUCCAACAUAAA